AUUAACAUACAUACAUCAAUAAUAGUUUAAUCAUUUACUAAACGAUUUGUGACCUACUUAGCUACGCUCUUUCGCUCUCAAAAUUUAUGAACUUUCGUCUUAACUAGCAUACUUAUUAUUCCCACCUACAAACUUACUUGCAUUAUAUUUAUAUCAACAUGUAGGUAUGUAUGUAGCAGGCAGAUCGACAAACAAAGUAGGCUUUGAAAAGACAUCGAACUAUAUUACGGUGCAUUUAUUUUGCAUAGAGAAAUACAUGAAUAUUUUGUUUUUUGUAGGUAUAUAGAGCUUUGACUCUUAGCUUAAUUAUUGAAGUUUGUGUGAAUUUGUGAAAAAAAUAAAUAUAGCGCAAAGCAAAUUUCCGAGCAAAAACCGGUAAGUUUUGAACUGUUGAAAUGAAUUACACGAAUGUAUGUGUUUCCUUAUUUGAUAAAACAUAUGGUGUACCACUAUUAAUGUAGGCAUUUUUUAAUUUAAUUUAUUCUUUUUUAAUUGAAAGAAAAAUUCCACGACCCACACGAGGAAAUAUAAGUCGGCGAACGCGUCAUGCAAAUGCUACGGCAUUACAAAGGCGAUCACAGACUCCAGAUGAACGAGCACAAGCUAAUGCAUCGCAGCGUGAACGUAAUGCACGAAAUAGAUCUGUUGUACCUGAAAUUAUGCGUGCUGCUUUUAAUUACAACAGUCAGAUUAAUUACAGUAUCUACGGAUAUAUUGGAAUAAUGGACGCAAUAUGUCCACAUUGUGAUGCGGCUAAAUUUCCAGGUGAAACGCCCGGCAUGUGUUGUGCUAAUGGCAAAGUGAGAUUGCCACCAUUAGAAACUCCACCCGAACCAUUGUCUUCAUUAAUUUUUGGGACUUCUGAAAAUUCGAAGCACUUUUCGAGUCAUAUUCAACAAUACAAUUCGGCGUUUCAAAUGUCUUCUUUUGGUGCUACUAACAUUAUUAGAGAUAAUUUUAUGCCGACGUUUAAUGUAAAUACUUAAACAGGAUUGUCCCAAUCAAUCUGAAUCAUAAAAGUAUUCUAUAGUUUUAAAAAUUAUUAUGCAACAUAUACCAAAAAUUGCAUACAUGUUGCAGAUUCAGGGCCAAAUUUAUCAUCAAGCUGGUUCGUUAUUGCCAUACCCCGACGCUGAUUAUCAAUUUUUGCAAAUUUGUUUUAUUGGUUAUGGAAAUCGUGAAUUGGAUCAACGUUGUGCAAUUGCUUUGAAUGCAAGACGAGAAAUUAUUUGUGAGCUACAAAGGUUUUUCCAUCAGCAUAACGCAUUAGUUCAAUUGUUCAAAAUUGCUCUCGAUCGUAUGCCCUCUGAUCAUCAAAAAAUCGUAAUAAGGGCUGAUAGAACACCUUUUGGAGAGCAUGAAAGGCGAUUCAAUGCACCGACAAUUGAUGAGGUUGCAAUUGUAAUUCGUGGUGAUCAGUUUCAAUCACGUGAUAUUAUAUUUCAUCGUAGAAAUAACCAAUUGCAACGUGUUUCGGAACUUCAUCGUAGUUACGACGCAUUACAAUACCCAUUAUUGCAUUGGAAAGAUGACGAUGGCUAUAAUAUAAUUAUACUAAUGAUUGAUCCACGAACAGGUCUACAUGUACAGAAAAAAGUAAGUGCCAUGAAUUUUUAUUCUUAUCGAUUGAUGGUUCGUCCACAAGAACAAAAUUAUAUUUAUAUAAACUAUAUCAUCAGUACAUCGUUAAUAUGUACGUCAAAAGAGAAACAGAACGUCUUAAUUUUAUUCGUUUCAACCAAGCAAAAUUAAGAUCUGAACAAUAUAUUCAUUUGCAAGAUGCGAUAGCGAAUGAUGCUAAUAUUAAUGACAUCGGACGUUUAACUAUAUUGCCGUCUUCGUAUAUUGGUAGCCCACGGAAUAUGAACGAAUAUGCACAAGAGUCAAUGUGUUAUGUAAGAAAAUACGGUCGACCGGAUCUG